AGAGUACACAUAAACCAAAUAGUGGUGCAUUCUCGACACACACAAAAACGGAGUCACUGGAAAGAGAACGUAGCGAAAAGGUUGCUACGUAAAUGCACUAAUCUACCAAAAUGACACCAUAAACCAUCGAUCAACUGGGAUAUAAGGAAGGACAUGAUAUGAUAGUAAAGGCUGAACUUUGUGACGAAAUUCCUUCAGUAUGCUUUUAUCGUUGAUAGAGGACACAAAUGCAACGGACCUGCACCAUAUUGAUGCUGAAAAGGAUGACAGUAUAAUCGAUCAUCGCUGUAUGAAACAUCGAAAAUUGACUUAUUGAUGACAUCAUAAGGAAUGCCAACCAUGAAGUUGAAACAACGGGUAGUGAUUUUUGGACUACUAAUCGUUGGAGGUAUUUUAUUAGUAACAACUGGGGUUAUAAAUUCACAUUUAGUUUGGUCAAACUCUGAAAAAGAAGAUGCCAGGCGGUUAAUAAGCAGUGGACAUCAUAUCGCAUUUCCACGAAAAAACUUAGAUGAAAGUAACUAUACUAGUGACACUCAAAACAGCCCUGAGGCUCAAAAACAACUGAAUAAUGUAGAUACAGCAUACAAAGUAGAUGCUGGCGUCCCUGCUCAACCCGCUGCUGAACCAUUGAGGGUGAACCCUAUUAAGCUCCGUCCUACGAAACAAUAUGAAAGAAACCUAUAUCCCCUUCCCAAACCAGUUAGUCUAAACUUUAACCUUGAGGAUAUGCUCUCUGAACGGCCACAACUAAAACCACAUCGGAAAUAUAAAAGACGGAAGGCAGGUCAUGAGGGAGAUUUGAUGCUUUACGAAGAAAAACCAGGGAUUAAGCUUACGUCGUGGGAGUUGUUCCACAAUCACAUAAAUGAGUAUGGCCUGUAUAGGAAGGAUGACCCCAAUGUUAAUAACCUAAUUAAAGAUCUCCAAACUAAACGGAUUAUUGGGACAGAACAAAAAAGUGGAGGUACCCAAUUGAAGUUGAUUAUGGAGUUCUCGAAUGAUGGAGAAGCCCUAUUUAAACCUAUGAGGUUUCAGAGAGAUGUAGAAACAGACUAUAAUCACUAUUAUUUCUCAGAUUAUGAGAGACAUUAUGCAGAAAUCGCUGCCUUUUACUUAGAUAGAGUGUUUGAUUUCCGAAGAAUUCCACCUACCAUUGGCCGUACAGUCAACAUGACAUAUGACAUUAAACGACUGGCCAAUAGAAAGCUAGCAAAAACAUUCUUCUUUUCUCCUUCAAAUAACGUAUGCUUCCAUGGUUCAUGCUCAUACUACUGUGAUUCGAAUCACGCUGUGUGCGGAUACCCUGACCUGCUAGAGGGAUCAUUUGCUGCAUUCCUACCCCCAGAUAAAUUAGCCGACAGAGAAACAUGGCGCCAUCCUUGGCGACGCUCAUAUAGUAGACGCAGAAAAGCAGCUUGGGAGACAGAUGACACAUAUUGUGAGGGUGUACGCAACAGGACGCCAUAUGUCAACUCCCGGCAACUUCUAGAUCUCAUGGACAUGGCGGUCUUUGAUUUCAUACAAGGGAACUUAGAUCGACAUCAUUAUGAAACAAUGGAUCCCUAUGGCAACGAGACAUUCCCUUUGCAUCUUGACAAUGGCAGAGGAUUUGGCAAAACAUGGAAAGAUGAAAUUGACAUUCUGGCGCCCAUCUACCAAUGCUGCUUAAUGCGCUACUCCACGCUACUAAAGCUCAUAGAUUUUGAAAAGGGGCCUCCGCUGAGUCAGGUUUUCCGCAAGGCAAUGGAGCGUGAUCUAGCUUACCCCAUCCUUCCCGAGAAACACUUCCCAGCCAUUGAUAGAAGGGUUACUAUCAUUCUUAACACUGUAAAUAAAUGUAUUCAACAGAAAGGAUUUAAAGAGGUUGUUAUAGAUGAUAAAUUAUAGUGUACAAUACUUCCAUAUUGUAUGUUAGUCUAAUACACAGACCAAAGAAAUGGUUCAACUUGUAGAGAAAUUCCACAUCUUGUUGGUCAUAUUUUUGGACUGUGCAGUAGACUGUGUAUUUGUUAAUCACAUGUUUGCCAUGCUCAAGUAUAGUAAAUUACAAGUUGUAUCAUACACAGGGAGAUAUGCUGAUAACUCAAUUAAUACAAAAUAAGUAUUAAAUUAACACUCUGGCAAAAGUGCACUCAUGAGCGCUAUUUUAGUACCCGGCAUAUCUCCCUGUGUACAGGUGAUAUUCUUAUUGUUAGUCCAUCUACAAGUCCUUGUG